CCCCGGCCCCGGCCCGGCCCCGGCCCGCCCCGCCCUGCCCCGCCGCGCCCCCAGCAUCGCCGACCCUCCCGGACCGCGGCGGGGAAAUGGAGGUCCUGGUGGCAGAGACCACGUCUCAGCAGGAGCGGCUCCAGGCCAUUGCAGAGAAGCGGAGGCGGCAGGCCGAGGUGGAGAACAAGCGCCGGCAGCUGGAGGACGACCGACGGCAGCUGCAGCACCUGAAGUCCAAGGCGCUGCGGGAGCGCUGGCUGCUGGAGGGGACGCCGUCGGCGGCGUCGGAGGGCGGUGAGGACAUGCGGAGGCAGAUGCAGGAGGACGAGCAGAAGGCGCGGCUGCUGGAGGAGUCCAUCUGCAGGCUGCAGAAGGAGAUCGAGGUGCUGGAGGACGCGGGCCCGCUGCCCGCCGCCGGGGACGCACCCGCCGCCCCGAGCCCCGCCGAGGCCCACAAGGCCGAGGUGCUCGUCGAUUCUCAGCAGGCCCCGGUGGGCACACCCAAAGAGACACGAGCGUCCAACACCCCCGUGAGGACGACCGAGGGCUCCACCAUGAUGAAGGCAGCCAUGUACUCGGUCGAGAUCACGGUGGAGAAGGACAAGGUGACGGGGGAGACGCGGGUGCUGUCCAGCACCACCUUGCUCCCCCGGGAGCCGCUCCCUCAGGGCAUCAAGGUCUACGAAGACGAGACCAAAGUGGUCCACGCCGUGGACGGCACCGCGGAGAACGGGAUCCACCCGCUGAGCUCCUCCGAGGUGGACGAGCUCAUCCACAAGGCCGACGAGGUCACGCUGAGCGAGGCAGGGUCCACGGCCGGGACAGCAGAGACCCGGGGGGCGUCCAGGGAGCCCGUGCAGACCACACCGUCCAGGCGGGAGAUCACGGGCGUGCAGGCGCAGCCGGGAGAGGCCACGUCGGGGCCGCCGGGCAUCCAGCCUGGCCAGGAGCCCCCCGUCACCAUGAUCUUCAUGGGUUACCAGAACGUGGAGGACGAGGCCGAGAGCCAGAAGGUGCUGGGGCUGCAGGACACCAUCACGGCGGAGCUGGUGGUCAUCGAGGAUGCCGCGGAGCCCAAGGAGCCCGCGCCCCCCAACGGCAGCGCCGCAGAGCCCCCCCCGACCGCGGGCUCCAGGGAAGAGAACCAGGUGGGGCCCGAGGCCCCGGCCAGCGACCCCCAGGACCUCGACACGAAGAAGCAGCGCUGUAAAUGCUGCUCCAUCAUGUGAGCCGCCCGGUCCCCAGCCCCCGGCCCCACCCUCCACACCAGUCACCCACCAGCCCGGCCCCGGCCUGCCCACCCUCCACCCACACUCACGGGCCCCAGGACACGCGGUUGUCACAUGUUCCUUCUGAGUUUUCUUUCAUUGGAAAGAGAGGGACAGGGGUCCCCCGCCCCAUCACCACCCCCGACGCCCCAACCACUGAGCCGUGCACCUACGCCUGGUAGGAGACAGACAUGGACAGACCCACUUUUUCCGGAAUGAAGGGCACCCCCCACGUCACGGCAGCUCCGCAGAUGCGGCCGUCACCCACGGCGGUCCUGGCCGGGGUGCCGGGGGCCUCGAGGCCGCCCCAGGCCGGCCAGCCACCCUCUGGGCCUCCUGCCUGUGCCUUCCUGCCACCUCCACUGAGGUCCCUGAGGGGACAUCCUGCCGCAGAGGGACCCGGGGAGCCGAGGGCCCCCGGGAGGCUGCUCUGUCCCCGCUUAGCCCCUGGGACGGGGGUUCCCGGCCAAACUCCAGCGUCCGAAUCCUGGACACUCGGGGUGAGGCCGUGCCCCUUGGGGGAGUCUUGGUCGGAGGUCAGGCUCAAGGUCUGGGGAGGGAGCAGGGCCCCUCUGGGCGCCCCCAGCCCGACGUGCCGCGCCCCCCACGCCGUCUCUGGCCGUGGCCAGGGGAUGCUGGAGCCCGGGAAGGGAGAGCCCCGGGGUACCCCCCGCCCCGCCCGGGAGGGGUCUCAGACCCCCGCCCUGUCUCCUGCAGCCGGUGGCCUCUGCGAGCCGCCCCUUGCACAAGGCGGGGCCUCAUGAGCCGCUUCUAGCCCUGAGCUCCGACUCCCACUGGGCCCUCCUUCCUCCUGGUGCUAAUUUGGGGACCCUGGGGGACUGCCCAGGACCUGCUGGGACCAGGGUGCUGGGUCCCUCCAACCGUACCCCAGAGAUCAGGCCACUGCCAGCUCCACUGGGCUUGGCACGUUUCUGGCAGCGGCGGGGCGCACGCAGCCCGGGCCGGGGGCUUCCUCCGCGGGAGACCCCAUCCGCCGCCCCGCCCGACGUGAGCCUGUCCCCCCGCCCGGGAGGGAGAGGGGUGCGGGUCCCGCUCCUGGGGGCGGCCGCCACCCGGAUGUGCACGCACGGCUCCCUGGACGCAGCCACUCGCCCCCAGAGGCACACGUGUGCACACGCUCCCACACCCUCCGGGGCCUCCCGCCCGGUGCCGGGGCAGGUGCAGGGGCCAGCGCUGCCGCAGCCUGGGUCCCAACUCCGCUCUGCCCCUCAGUGGCAGGGGGAGAGGCCGUGUCUGAGGUGACCCUGGGCCGUGGCCGUGGGACCCCCUCUUCCUCCUCGAGUCCUCGAGCUGUGAGGCUCCGCUCAAGUGCCCCUCCGCUUCUGACGUGUGACAAGGCCCUUAUGUUCUCGACUUUCCCAGAGAAGCAAAUAAACAGUGUGAACAGCC